AGACGACGCACGCACGCACCGCCAUGCCAUUGUCGUAUGUGGUGGAGAUCAUCGAGGGCGCAUACACGCGUCUUGGCCCGAACGGUGGCUUGAUAGCUUUGAAUCCACACAUCCCUGUGGAGUUUCGCACGGAGUGGUUCUUAACGCCAAAGCAACACGCCUUAGAGACCCUUGCAUUCAGUUUGCUAUAUGGAUCCAUUGCGUAUUAUUGCCACUGCCGCGCGAUCAACAGCGACGCGUGGAAAGCUCUGCGACCUGUGCGGGUACCCACGACUGUUGAUGCAAUGUGUUUUGUGCUUGCAGGUACAUCGUAUGCUGCGGCCUACUACUACAAGCACAUCGCACCCGGAAGUUGGCGUGUGGCGUAUAUGCUCCAGCCAUGCCACGUCUUGACAGCCACGAUCGCCAUUUUGAGCGUUCUGCCAGGCCGGUGGGCCAACUACAUCUUCCAGGUCAUGGUAACCCUCACAUGGUCCUCAGUGGUGGCGAUGGCAUUUCCGGAUUUGAGCGACUACACGCAUAAGGGCGACAUGUUUAACUAUUGGUACGAGCAUGCCCUCAUUCUGGUGCUCCCUAUUGCUCUCAGUGUAAGAUCAAUCUGGUGUUUAUCAAGUUAUCGGCAUAUCUCAUGUGCAUGCUGCAGCGAUGCGGACGGUUCACCUAUCUUGGGAACUGGCACUUCAUCGUGCUGGGCUAUGCCACGACCGGGCUGUAUCAUUGCGUGUGCCUUCAAAUCGCAGCGUUGGCCACCAACGUGAACGUAGCCACGAUGGCGUCACCACCUCAGAUUCUGGCACACUUGGGCGUGUACUAUCGCGCGGUGCAAUACGCGAUCUGCUUUGUUUUACACUUAGUGUACAACGGGAUCAUUGUGGCUGGGUGCAGCCUCCUUUCCGCCGCGACGCAACCCAAAGCAGCCGACUCGCGCGUCCAUCCAUAAGUGUGUAUCACUUUGGAAUUGUGGAACUUCUUGAUUAGGAUUGUUCCUAGUCGAAGGCAGCAAUGUCCAUAUGCUAUUUUGGUGUAUUGUGAUCCUCACUGAUGAUCCAUGGGAAGCCGACAGUGGGAUAUUUCCCUAUGAAAGUGAAUUAAUUCUUUC